UUCUUCUCUCCCCAAUUCACUCUUCCCAAACUUUCUCUAUUCCCAUUUUACCCCUAACUUCAUUCUUCCAAAUUUCCAAUUCCAAAUGUUCACUUCUUCUCCUCCGUUAACCCUAACUCUACCACUCUCCGCCACCGUUAAACCACUUCUCACAUCACUAAAACCGUCUCUUCCAGCCACCGCACGCUCUCGCCGGAGAUUAACAAUCACCGCCGCCUCAGUUUCGACAUUCCUGGAGCCGCCUCUUCCAAUUGGCAAAACAAUGAGUUUAUACGAGAUGCUUAGAGUCAACAAAACGGCGUCACAAAUGGAAAUAAAGACGGCGUAUAGAAGCUUAGCGAAGCUUUACCAUCCCGACGCGAUCGUCCAUUACGAUGAAGAGGUUCGAUCGGACGGUCACGAUUUUAUGGAAAUUCAUAAUGCUUAUGAGACGCUGUCUGAUCCGGCGGCCAGAGCGCUUUAUGAUUUGUCUCUUGAAGCGUCGGCGUUGAGGAGACGGAGAUUUACGGACGGGUAUUACCCGACCCGGAGAUGGGAAACGGAUCAGUGCUGGUAGAUUUUUCAAUUUUGGACUUGUCAUUUAGGGUUUGUGUUUUCUAUUUUGGAAAUUAGAAUUAACGUGUAAACAUGUUAAUGUGGCAAUGUGUAGAGAAUUUUAGUGUAUAUUCUUCACCUUAACAAAGAAAUUAAAAAAGUAUAUAUUUAUAAAUGAAUUUUGUUUUUGAA